UCACGUGAUCCCGUGUCACAGGUCAGAGUGACACACCAAGGACGAAACAUGGCGGCGUCGUCUAAGAAAGUCUUCGAGCUGUUCGUGGCUAGAAUACCAUGGACUGCAGCGGGCAAGGAGGUACGGGACUACUUUGGGCAGUUUGGCACAGUCAAAAAGUGUCUUUUGAAAUUUGAAAAAGAAACAGGCUUCCACAAAGGCUUCGGCUGGGUUUCAUUCACAACAGAGGAAGCAUUGAACAAUGCACUUCAGAAAGACCCUCAUGUGCUGGAGGGAACCAAGCUCCAGGUUCACAAGAACAGACAUCCAUUUCCAGGGCGGAAGGUCAACAAAGAAAGUGAAAUUGAUUGAAGCUGUGUGGUUCUGCUGUUUGGAUCUGACGGACCAAGAUGUGCUAUUAUAUUUUCAGGCCCAGAUUUAUUAAGACCUCAGCUGGUUGAUACCUGAAAUAUUUGCAGUGAUGUUAAGGUAAUAAAGACAACUCAGACCAGGAUACCAGGGCUCCUCUGGUUGCACAUCUCCAGUGAAUUUGGGUCUGAGUCUUGCUGUCAUUGUUUUAAUGGGAUGUACAGUUGUAAUUUAUUUAUUAUCUGUGCUGUCCUGUAACCACCCUGACACAUGCUAUCAUCAGUACAUAGCAUGUUGAUUUGAACUUGUAGGGUUUUAGGUUUAUUUACUAGUUUCACGUAUACUGCAAUAAAGGCAACAUUUAAUUCUA